AAUCCCGCUGAAUAUCGCGCUAUGAAGUUAUGCUUAACGUUCUGAAGACCAAGAUUGGAUCGGUCAGGCCAUACACACACGUAGGUUUCUCUUCAUGUUUUCAUUAGAUUUGUCCACGCGCAGUUUUAGCAACACUGCCCAAACCUCAUACUUCCUGAUCUAUGGAAUAUUGAAUUAUUCAGAAAAAAAAUUCCUGUAAGAAUUUUGAUUACUUUGAAAGUAGAUACUGAACUAGCAGUCACAGGGAACCCUGGUUGUAUAGGGCGUUUUGGUUUUACAACAAUAGGCCUGCUGUUCAUGAUAUAUAUGUCUAAGGUCAAUUAUACACGUAUGCCCCUCUUCAUCUUUUCAUUUGAUUUAUUUACCUGUAGAUUGAAUUUCUAGAAUGUUGAAUUAUUCAGGGGAAACAAACUUUAAUAUGUUUUAUCACGUGGAUGUGUGUAAAGUCCAUUACAAGAACUUCAGAACUGACAGCCAUUCGAUGAAUUAGCGUAUACUGCACAAGGGGUCACGAUGAAUCCCUGUUCUUGUUUAACACCGAUAGGCCUGCUGUUGUAAUAUCUAUUUUUAUCUCCAGUGUGUGACAAAACCUGACCCACUUGUGAUACACCUUAUUGUAUUAUGGACCGAAGCAGAUGAUUUGACUCCUACGACACUUAAGUGUGGCACGACUAUUGUUUGUUACAGUGAACGCCACGAAAACCAGUUGGACUUCCCCAUCUAUGUGUGAAUGAUCGUGGAUUUCUACAGUGAAAAUACAAGGUUGUUGUCUAAAGUGUAAAUUGAUUGGGACAUGCUACUACUUCUGAGGCAGACGACAACGACGACAACGUGAGCUGCACGGCACUCGAAUACGUCACCAAGACGAUAAAACAAUUGGUAAUUCAACAAAUGUGCCUUUUCCUAUGUCUAAACACCAACAAAGGAGAAAAGACAAACGUUCAAUGACAAAUGUUAUGUGCAAAGAUCACCACCGAAUAAACAAGAAAAAACAACUCUUCAUGGAGACAUAUAAUGACAAGUUAGCGCAUCAAGCAUUUCUCCGACAAAAAGACUACCAAUAUAUGAUCUGUGAAUAGCAACCUACCAUAGCAUCAUUCCAUUAAUGUAAAUAUAACGAUACCCAUCAUCACUGAGUAUUUAACAUCAUUCACUAAUUUAUUUAUUACAUACCAUCCAUCCAUUAAUUAGAAAUAACUUUAAACACCAUGGCACAAUCUACACUGAGAGGAUCCAAACAUUACAUGUGGGAGGUCACAAAGAUGCUGGGCCAGGGAGCUACAAGUAAAGUCUAUCGUGGCAGGAAUAAGAUCACAGGGGAAGAGGUGGCAGUAAAGGUGUUUACGUCGGCCGCCGCCCUCAGACCUUUUGAGGUCCAAAUGAGGGAGUACUCACUCAUGAAGAAGAUGGACCACAUGAAUAUUGUCAAGAUGCUGGACUUGGAACAAGAGAUUGGAACGGGAAAUAAAGUGAUUGUCAUGGAGUUAUCUACCUGUGGAAGUCUCUACAAUAUGCUGGAUGAUCCAAAAAAUGCUUACGGACUGGAGGAAACAGAGUUUCUGCUUGUGCUAAAGCAUGUAGCAAAAGGAAUGAAAUAUCUUCAUGAGAAAGGCAUUGUUCACCGUGAUGUGAAACCAGGAAACAUCCUUUGCUAUAAAGGAGAAGAUGGAAGAUUUGUGUUCAAGUUGACUGACUUUGGAGCAGCAAAGGAAUUACAGUACGAGGAAGAACAGUUUGUGUCCUUAUAUGGUACUGAGGAAUAUUUGCAUCCAGACAUCUAUGGCUGUGCUGUUAUGAGGGACAAGAAUAAGGAGAAGAUCUUCGAUGCCACUGUCGACCUUUGGAGUUUGGGAGUCACUAUUUUUCACGCAGCGACUGGUCGAUUGCCAUUUAGACCUUUUGGAGGAAGAAAGAAUAGAGUGACCAUGUAUGAAAUAACCAAAAACAAGGAACCGGGCUACAUAUCGGGAAUACAGCAAUCCGAAAACGGCAAGAUUGAGUGGAGCAAAGAACUACCUCUUACCUGUCGACUCUCCCUGGGAUUGAAGAUGUUCCUUACUCCAAUAUUGGCUGGCUUACUGGAGCGGAACGACAGGUAUAAAUUAUCCUUUGGCGAUUUCUUCAACAAAGUUGACAAGCUGAUGUCAAAGAUUGUUAUCCAUACCUUCAGUCCUAACACUUGGAUGCACAUGAGGAUUUACAUAGAUGGAAACAGCAAAAUCACGACACUACAGGACUGCAUUGCUGAGCAGAGUGACAUAGCUAUUCAGGACCAGGUACUCAUCCAUGAUGGGGAUCUCUUAAAAAACAUUGUUGACAACAUGACACCCGUUCACCAGUACCCCAAAUCUGUGUUUUGUGAAAAGACUCCAAUAUUUGUGUUUAUGAAACAUUCUGAUGACCAGAGGACUUUCCCCAAAUCGUGGUGUCCAGACUUUCCAAAGUUUGGCAGCAGCAUGAACAUUGCAAAUGACCAACAGAUGGCUAAAAUGUGCUGUGGUAUCAACUUUUUACUGUGUAAAGAAAUCGGACGGUAUCAUACGAAGAUGGAAUUAGAAAGACUCAGUGUUCAGAGCUACAUACAUGAGCUCAAGCAUGAAUUUUCCCAUUUGUUGAGUUAUGACAGCAGACUAAGAGAGCAUUGUGCUUCGGACCUCACCAUGAUGACCAACUUUAUUAGUGAGUCUCAGCAAAAGAUCAUGAUCCUGAGUGCCAUCAAUACUAUCAACCCGUCACAACUCGCAGACCUAGAGAAAAGUACGGCAGCCAACACUCUGGAACUGCAGACUACAGCUGAUAAAAUAAAGAAUGAAUUGAAAAGGACCAGUAAGCUUUUGUCAAACUACCAAGAGCGAAUCGUCAAAAGAGAACUUGAAAUGAGUUGGGACAAUGCCAUUGGCUGUAAUGACGAACAAGAUCGAUGCAAGGAGAGACAAGAGGUGACUGUAGAAAUAAUACUGAGGAUUGUCCGACACUUCAAGGAGCACAGACAAGCACAGUACCUCAACAGGACCGAGGAAGACACUCAUGCUUUUGAAAGGAACCAGUUAGAAGAGCUAUGUAUGAAAGCCAAGUCCUUAUUAGAAACGUGUGACAGUCGUGGACAGAAACAGUAUGAGAUGUUCCACAGGUUUUACAGCAAAGCAGUGAAUACAAGGAAAGAAAAUGAUUCAUUAGACCGAUCCUUGGCAUCACUGGAGAAAAAACGAAUUGAUUUUGAAAAGCGUCUCAGCAAGAUAGUGGAAGAACUAGGUCAAGAAUGUAUGGAGGUCUUGCAUAGUAGACAUCCCGACCCUCUUAGAUCCCGGGGACCGAAACAGGUCACAUGUAAUGGCAUUGAUAGGGAUACGCGCAGGAGUCUCCUGGAGGAAGCCAACAAUAGUUUGAAAAGUGGCUUUGAAGAUCUGAAGGAGGAUAUCCAAAGGAACAAUGACCUACUUAAAAUGAGUGGUGAAAUUUUGGAAGAAUUGAAAAAUACAAACCCAUUGGUUCUGAAUGGUGUACUGGAAAAGACCUCCGAAUAUGGAUGACAUUCUGCUGGCGGAAACCUGUUGGAAAAAUAUCCAGAAUCAGCUUGGUUAAAGCCUGAUCAUGCCAGAAAUAGUCAUUUCCCAACUAACAAACUGUUGACAAUGGAAAGUCUGGCACUGAAAGUGUAGUGACGAUGUGAUGGAUGUCAGACAUAGUCACAUUCAAUAAAACAACCUGUUGAUGGCAAAUCUGGCAAUGCAGGUGUGAUGGACGUUUCGGGUUAGAUUUCUUCUAAUCGGAUAGAUAAGAAAAACUGUGUUGAAAGAUGACAGUGAUGGAGUUGAUGAUAUAUCCUGUAUGUCAGAUUUGAGUGUGUGAUUACCUGAUAGAUUUAGAUCAUGUUUUGAUCUGUGUAGACGUUGAAGUGCCUUAUAGAACUAGAUGUGGUGAGGAUUUCAUUUACAAGUGUGUAUAGACACUUAAAUAUCAUUUACAAGUGUAUAGACAAUGUGAUACAUACACUAAGACCGUGAACUAUUCCUGGUUGUGCUUGUCAUUAAGAUAUUAAGUUCGAAUCAAUUAAUGGAUUGUAAUUGGCAAAAAAGCAUAAAAACAAAAUAAAAUAAUUCAACAGAGUAGUGAAGAAAGACAGUACCCCAGGAUUAUAAAACAGUGUGAGACUGUAGUCCUAAUUUCAGUUGUCAUAAGGAUAACACUUUCUGGUGGGUCAGUACCAAAUGGUAAUUUUUGAUAAAUCUUCUUGUAUAUAUACGUGUUUACUCUUUUUACCAGAGUUGAACUGAUAUCUAAGAGGAAUAUACAUUUUAUUGACAGUUGAAGUUUGGACGAGAAUAUAAAACUGUUUCAUGUCCAAGAUGACCUGUGUUUAUAUAUAUUAAUUAAUUGUUGUGUUGGCAUAAUAUUCUGCCUGAAACUACAAUUUUUAUUGCUGGCAGCCGCAGGGCCAUAGUGCUAGUGCUAUUAGCAGGAGACAAAAAUGAUUAAAUACCUCACACGAUUUACCACAGAGAACUAUCCAUAUUGCCAGUGCAGUUUAUAUACAUUUUAUUGUACUGGUAACACGUUAGACAAAACAGGGGAUGUGACCCAUGUGACUACAGGCCGGAAAAGUAAUACAUCAUACCACAAGGAGUAUCCAAGAUUUUAUCAUCUGCUGUAUAUAACAUAUAAAGAAAACAAAUGCAGAUUCAGCUAUCACAAAUAUUUAUUCGGGGAUAAACGGUUAAAUCAGGAAUUGGAAAUUUAACAAAUUCAAAUCAUCAUGAAUACCAUAAGAAAUGGAAUAAAAUGAAAAUCGUGAAAGUAUAUGUAAAAUGUAAUUUUUUAUUUACUCCCCUUUGCAAUUUAAUACUUGGACUUAACAUUUUUCUUUUAAAAAGUGGGUGAAAAUGUCAAAAUAACCCUUUGAACUAAAUUUGUUAAAUAUGAAGUAUAGAGAAUACUAGUCUGAAUUAAUAACACUAAAAUACUUAAUGUACAUACAUAAAGUUAAUACUGUAGAAGGAGUAGAUAAACAGGACAGGAUUCAAACAUGGGACUUUUAAACUUGAGAUGGAUGCUCUCCAAACUGAGUUUUCACUUGGGAUUGUCCCGUUGUGGAUCAGCUAUAAAAUAAUAUUUGUUAUUAAUGGUGAUACAAAGACAAUAUUCACGGCAUAUUGCUUUUUUAGAUGCAUACAAUAAAGAGAUGAUUUAAGAAAA